UUCCUCAUACGUCGUUCUCUCCAUCUCUAUCCCAGUCUUUUUCUCUCUGUUUCAGUGUUUGUUGAGCAAAAGGUGGAGGAGUAGAACCCAUGCCAUUUUAUCAUCCAAGCAAAAUCCUGGGGUUAGGUUAGGGUUUCUUCGAUCUAAAACCUCUCUCUCCCAAGAUAAUUCAUCCGUCAUCGACCUUUUGUCAUCUCUUAUCCCACCUCCAUCGUCUCCGCCUCCUUCUCUUUUUCCGAUCGACUGUUCUUUUGCUAAAUAUGGUUAUGAUCUCUCUCAGAAACUUCGAUUUCCGUAUUUUACCAUCAAAAUCUUUUCCAAUCCCCCGUUUUCCUAUUUUUCUGUAGAAUUUAUAGGUUUCACCAUCACUCCUGUAAUUCGAUUACGGAAUUAACAGAAAAUAUUCGAGUUUUUCUUUUGGGAAUUUUGGGGUAUAAUUAAAGUGACGUUAAGUUUCUGUGUGGUGUGUGUAUGUGUUUUGGGUAAUUUAGGUUUUGUUUCGAAAUUGCGCGUUGCUGUUGUUAAUUGAGUUAGUUGGGUUUGAAUUGAGGCUAUGUAUAUUGAGGAAUUGAAAGUUGGGGAGGUAGAAAUCGGUGAAGAAAGGAAUUCUUGUGAUGGAGAUUGCGAUUUCAGCGGCCGAAGCAUUGUCGUUUCGGAUGCAAAGCGGGUUCUGAUCGGAGCUGGGGCUCGCGCGCUAUUCUAUCCUACCCUCCUCUACAAUGUUGUUAGGAAUAAGAUUCAGGCAGAGUUCAGGUGGUGGGAUAAGGUGGAUGAGUUUAUACUGUUAGGUGCUGUUCCAUUUCCAGUUGAUGUUCCCCGCCUAAAGGAGCUUGGUGUCUGCGGGGUAGUCACACUAAAUGAACCCUACGAGACUUUGGUACCGACAUCUCUAUAUCAUGAUCAUGGCAUUGACCAUCUGGUGAUACCUACCAGAGACUACUGCUUUGCUCCAUCGUUGAAUGAUAUACACCAUGCAGUAGAGUUCAUACAUGAAAAUGCAUCUUGCGGAAGAUGUACCUAUGUUCACUGCAAAGCUGGACGGGGGCGCAGCACAACUGUUGUAAUAUGUUACCUGGUGCAUCACAAGCAGAUGACACCUGAUGCUGCAUAUGAUUAUGUGAGAUCAAUCCGCCCAAGGGUGCUUUUAGCCUCUUCCCAGUGGCAGGCUGUCCAGGAAUACUACCAUCUUAUGGUGAAAAAAGCUAUUGUCUACACCCCCAAUGCUGGUCUCAUCACGAAGGCCCCAGUAUCAGCGGCUUCACAAGAUCUUGUUGCGUUUGACGAUGGAGCUGUAGUUCUCGUGACUGAAUCGGAUCUUGAAGGGUAUGACUCAAGUCUUGAUCCAGGUGCUAUGGGACAGAUAUGGGCAGAUUUAAGUGUGGUCUACCGGGUCCGUGUAGCUGGUCAGGCAGCUCUGGCUAGAGUCUCAUGCCUAUGGUUUCGAUGCCGUGCCCACCAGACGAUCUCAGGGGAGAAACUGGGCAGCAAGAGAAGCUGCUUAGUCGAGACUAAUCAUAUGGGAGGAAUUAGUGUUGACAUACACGUCUACUGUGAAGAACCACAGAAACUGCAGAAAAGCCAACCUAAUUGCAUAGAAGAUGCUUGAUAAGUUUUAUGCCCUUUUACCUUUCUUUGCGCGUACAGCUAAGGGCAAAUAAUGUUCAUAUUAGGGAGAAAUGAAACUGUGGUUCCUCCCCCCCCCCCAACCCUGUACAUUGAGUUGUAAUUUCACUUGAAUCAAGAUGUAAGAAGUUUGAGCAA